AUUCAGAAAUUCUUUAUCCACAGAAUGUACAAUGAAUAGAGUCAUAUAAACAACAUUAUAGUUAAUAGAAAAUUAUCUAAUAUUAACUUAUAAAAUAUUCUAUAUAUUGUGGUAAUAAAUAGUUGUAACAUACAUGUAGAGAUGCACAUGCACAUAAAUAUAUAUGCAUAUAUAAUAAUAUUUAAUACUAUCUAUUUGGUACAUAAUUCCAAUUGUAAAUUUGUAUUGGUUUAUGAAAUAAUGAUGGAAAAACAUCUGUCAAAAUCAUUACUCAAAUGUCUAAUUUGUGUUACAGGUGCAUGUGACGAAGACACCCUUUCUGCUUUCGAAACUGAGGAGAAGUUCAACCCUAUGUUCGCCUCUGCGUUUUGUAUGGCGCGGGUCAAGUCAUCAGAUGUUUAUUUCUCGGAUUUAGGAAGUGAACAGGAAGAGUGUGUACCUGUGUUUGUGUCAGCAGUCUGCUCACUACGACCUACUGAUCUGUACUUCUCAGAGCUGGGCAGUGCUACCAGUUUAACAGAUACCGGGACAGAGUUGUGUCUCGGAAAGGAAACAGAGCUGUACACAAGAGUUGAUCGCUCUCUGUCCAAGCGACAUCGUCAUAGCAGGUCCGAGCAAAGUCGUUACGGCACGAGAAGGAAACAGGUAAACUUAGGAUCAUGUCGUAAAAAAAGCUGCAAUUCAGAAGAAAAACGUGAUUCCAAAUUAUUGAGUUUGACGUCAGUUAUUAAUCAGAAUGAAAAGAAAAGGAAUGCGCUUCAGGGGGUGAAUAAAAACACAUCACUUUCUACAGAAGAAAAGAAUUAUCUGAGUUUUCAUGGCCGUAGAAGAAAAUUGCUACAUUGGUCAGGAGACUCUUUCAAUGUGAAACAGUUUUGCAAACAAGAGAAUGAAAGUUUGAAAGAGUCAACUGGAAUCAAAAACAAACUCGAUGGAGAGAAUAAUGUAAUAAUUAAAGAAAAUGUUGAGGAAAUUAAAUUGAAAUAUUUACACAGUAUUGACGCCAGGAAGCAGUCAGAAAACCAUGAUAAGAUGGUAAAACAUACAGGAGAGAUUAAAGAAGGUUUUGUUGUUAAAACUGAACCUAAAAGUCCAGAAAAUGUAACGUUUUCUAAGCGGGUUCCUACCUGUCACGAACCUGGUUGUUUCAAGUGCAAAAAUUGUGGACGUCAGUAUAAGUACAAUAGAGGACUUAAAUUUCAUCAAAAAUCCUGUCGAACUGGUGUCUAGUGUCCUUGUUGUUCCAAGUGGCUUUCUACUGCAUUCUCUCUCAAAAGACAUAUGCAAGUCUUCCACUAAUUAUCUGUAUGGAUCAGCUUCCCCAAAGAAAUUAAAGAGAAGUUGAUGCUCUAAAAUAAUACUAAUUUUGAUAUAUAAAAGAUAUUUAUAUUCAUAGGAACCUUGUUAAUUUUAUUUUACAAGGUCUUCUUUGAUUAGAAGUUAAGUAAUAUUUAGUCUUAUAAUUUAUUAUGAUGGAAAUUAGUUCUCAUUAUCGAACAGUCCAACAGGUCAAAGUUUUUCCUACUUCCUUUAAUCAUACAGCUGUGAAUGUCUUUAAUUUUUUUUUUCAAAGCUGUAACCAAAGGGAUGUAACUUGAUUAUGUUUGGUAUCGUUAGACUGUAGUUGAAAUUCUCUACAUUAAUGUUGGGCGUAUGUUCUUCACAUCCUUGUUUUCCAGAGUAUAUUGCAUUAAAUUUUAUACUACAAUGUUUUUGUACUACACUUGAGGCUUUUGUCAAGAAAUUUGAAUAUCAGUAAAUAUCAUAAGAACCUAAAAUUGAUGUUUUGGUAUGUUUGCAUAGAUAAACAAGUCCAUAGCGAUAAAUUGAUUAUAUCAUUAUAUUAUGUGAGACUGCAGUAUUUUGUUACAAUUAUAUAUUUUUUUAAUAUGUAAUGUUAUUUUAUAAAUUAAUGUAACAUUUUUGCGUAUUGGAUGUUUGCUUUUGUUUGUUUGCAAUUAUCAGUUGACACCUAGGUGUAAAUGUAAGUCUAUAAUUAUUUCAAAAUGUAUAUAAGUGACUGUUGGUGCUAAAUGUAUUUCUCUGGUAUCCUGGUUAUUACGAUAAAAUAGUUCAGAUUAUUUCUUGUAACAACAUAUUGUAUUUUUAAACUUUAACUUUUUAUCUGCCCUAGAAAUAAAAAUGGUUUUGAUAUGACAUGAUAUCAAAAUUAGUUGAAUAUUUUAUACUAUAUAAUACUAUUUUAUGUACUGUUUAAUUUUAGCUACUAAAUUUGUAACCCUGUUAUGCAUUUUAAAUAUUCUCAAGAGGGAUAUAAUAAAAAUUGUUUGGUCUUUAUUAUUAACAAACUUUGAAAUACAGUUUGUUGCAAUGUUUA